CCAAUCCACCACACUUAUUUACCCUUGGUGUAACAGUAGUUGACCGUCCACUGCUACAUUUACCAAAAAAACAAACAAAAAAACGUUUAUCUAGUGACUGGUUAGCCGGACAUCCGCUUGCUAAUGAAACUUCUGUUCAAUAGACAAUCUUCGUGAGCAUCACCGCUCCUGCUGUGGUUCUGCCGCUGCAAUCUGAGGUGAUGGCUAACAGUUUAGCCUGACUAUGACCUGACCUGCAAGCUUGUCCGCCCGCUUCACCUGACCAGAGUGUGUAGGAGAGGCGGUGGCAUGCGUGUGAGCAGCAGCUGGAGGUGGCAGCUCUCCCGGGCCAUGAGACUAGCGCUGUGCUGGUGCCGGCUGUGCCGCCCGCAGAAAAGAGGCCGAGGCUGGGGAUUCAAGCCGUGGGUCAGCGGCAGGUCCCUGGAGCUGUGGAGCUACAGCAAGCUGCUGCUCAGGUCACUGUACUUCAACAGCCUCAGCAACGCCGACACGCUACUGGACUGCGCGUUUGAACCCGUCUACUGGAUUGUGGACAACGUCACCCGCUGGUUCGGAGUGGUGUUUGUCUGUCUAGUCGUACUGCUGACCACCUCGGUUGUGGUCAUCAUCUACCUGUUCGUCCUACCCACAAUCCUCAGGACUUACCCGUUGCCCUGGGUGGUCUGGCACCUCUGCUGUGGCCACUGGCUUCUUCUUAUGGUGGUCUUCCAUUACUACAAGGCCACCACCACCUCCCCCGGACACCCGCCCAAGGACAAAGUUCAUAUUCCCACAGUGUCCAUGUGUAAGAAAUGCAUCACUCCAAAGCCGCCCAGGACGCACCACUGCAGCAUCUGCAACACGUGUGUUUUGAAGAUGGACCACCACUGUCCCUGGUUGAACAACUGUGUGGGCCAUUUCAACCACCGCUACUUCUUAUCCUUCUGCCUGUACAUGACCCUGGGCUGCAUCUACUGCAGCAGCAGCAGCAAGGAACUGUUUCUGGAGGCCUACAGUGCUAUAGAGAGAUACUAUCAGACCCCUCCUCCGCCCGAUGCUGUCCAAGAGACCACUGCUUACAAGAGUAUCAUCUUCCUCUGGGUGCUGACCAGCUCGGUGGCAGUAGCUCUCGGAGGACUCACCCUGUGGCACAUCAUCCUUAUCAGCAGAGGAGAGAGCAGCGUGGAGCGCCACAUCAACAAAAAAGAGAUCGCAAGACUCCGGGAGAAGGGCAAGGUGUUCAAAAAUCCAUAUCAUCAUGGUACGAUAAACAAUUGGAAGUUACUGUUGGGCGUGGAGAAAAGGAGUCACUGGUUCACGCGCGUCCUCCUGCCCUCCAGCCAUCUUCCCAACGGGAACGGCAUCAUGUGGGACUGCACCUUCACCAGAAGAGACCCCAUGGCCAUCUGAUCCUCAGCCUUUUUUUUUUUUUUUCUCCUCUAACCCAUGUGAAAAAUGCGUCACACUGUCGUGACCAGCUCGGGACGAAGAGGGAGAAGCUCCUGCUGCUACAAUGAUCUGACAAGGAACAAGAAACUUUGUAGUUAACACAAAUACACACAAGGUUUUUGCUGUGUUGGUAUUUGCACUGCUAGAAGCGGGACACGGAAAGAACCGCCAGUGAUUCAUCGUCUUAGGAGCCGUUGUCUUUUUCCAGCUGCCUCCAGUCAUCCUUGCACAGUAGGUCUAAUUGUAGACCUUUGCCACCAGCCGACUUCAGCCUGCGACUGCAGCGCCGUUGACUAGUUAGAUUUAUAAAUGGUGCUGCUGGCCAGCAUUGUUGUGAAGCCCAAAGCUUUCUACCACCCAUUUGUAAAGACAACAAAGACUUUGCGCUUCUCUUGGACUGAAGUCUUGCACCACCACUACAUCCUCUUUAAACAAGUGCGAUGUAAGAUAAUGGGAUGGAUGGGGGGGAUAGAGUAAUGUGGGAGGCCUUGGAGAACACCAGAGCCUGCAGUUACAGUGUAUUAAAGGUCCUAUGUGUCGCAUUCUCAUACAUUAACACAGCACACACAACUAAUACUUUAGCACGAUGGGUAGCCGCCAUCUUAUUUCAGUUUAUUGUUAAUGCUUUCAAAUAUGAGACAGAGGUAAAUACGAGGGUUUUCUUUUCCAUUUGGCUUCCCAGAAAAGGUCUCUCUUGUUUGAACGUGCCAGCAGUAAUGUGCUCCGAGUCUCUCAUAGCCAGACCUCUCUCUCCACACUGCGUUUCGGCGCUGUGCCAGCACUGGAGAAAGGUCUGGCUGAACCCAUCGUCAUUCUGCGCCAAUCACAAUUCUUUGAACCAAUCACAGCCCCACAUGCAAUGACGGUGUUCUUGCAAAAUAGUGUCAUAGGACAGCUGAAGACAGGAAAAAGGGGGAGGGGGGAGAGAGAGAGGGGCAUGACAUGCAGCAAAGAGCCACAUGACAUGCAGCAAAGAGCCACGGGCUCAGACCCGGGCCACUGCAGUAAGGGCUGAGGGUUAGGGGGCGCACGCUCAACGAGGUGAGCUACCAGACAACCCGGGAGGGAAUUAGCUUUAAUGGACCAUUUGCACAUGGACAAGCAAGCCCCGGUAAAAUUAAAAUGGCUAAAUCCAUGGAACUACUGCACAUAACACAUUAAAAGGUGAAACCUGCCUAUACUUUAGCUCUCUGGACCUAGGUCACUAGCUCAGGAGAUGUUUCAUGCAGCGACGGGGAUAAAAAUGAUAACACGCAGAUAGAAGGGAAGGGAGGAGAAUUCUGUCUGCUAGGUGGCCAACAGCAGGCUGUUACGCAGUCUACAGUCUCAGCCAGUCAGACUAAAUGUGCUCAUGGUUCAUUGACGAUAAAAUGCAAAAUAUAGCACAAUUAAUAAUUGACACCAUUUUGGUCCCUGAUUCCAUGUUAAGUCAGAGAUUUGAGCCAAGACUUUGUUGCUUAUUCAAGAACUCUUUGAGUUUUCAUUGUCUACGUUGUCCACAGCAACCGUGUGUUGUGUCUUAGGCUAAGGACAAAUCAAAGGGUUUCUUAAUGGGAGGCAAGUUGUGAGAUGAAAACAUAUUUUAAAUGUUAAUGUCGUGUGAUUGUUUAAAUGAUUUUUUUGUUUCAAACAAAAUGUGUUUCAUGGUUUACUACCUUUGCAUGUUUACACCAUAGGUUUACACCUACAAUAUUUUCGCUGUUGUGUUUUUGGGAGGUCUUUAAACUUCUGAUGUGAAUCUUUUGCUUACUUGCCAGGUUAGAACAAGGCAAAAUUAACCUGCGCAACAUUUUAUCAUCUUUAACAUUUCUGUCUUUGACACUGAUAAAUAAAUUGUGUGCCUUGUUUGGUUAUUUAGCAUUUAAAAUGAGGCGAGGUGAAAUGUAAUUCCAGAUUUUUAAUUCCCUUUCAGAUUUCUCAGCCCAACAUCAAUAACUUAAUGAUGGAUGGGUUGGAUCUGUAGUUGCCAUAGCUGUGAUAUCAUGUGUAACCAAUGGGAGCUGUGCUCCAGUUUGAUUUAGGUCGUCUUUUUUUAAUAAAACACCUGUUUGAUA